AGGGGACAGUGUGAAAACAAGAAAGUUCAACCUAAUCAGAGGUGCAGAGUUGUGUGUUCGUUGGGCAAGUAGCACUUUUCUUUGUAGUACUUUCCCUUGUUGUUUCCUUUUUCAGCUUAAUUCUUUGUUCUUUCAUAAUACAUGUUCUAGGCAGUUUCCUGAUUAGAUAUAAUAAGUAACAGAAGAGUUACCUUGAUCCCUUACCUUCUUCCCACGCUCACUCAACUGUUGACCUCUCACAGUUUCUCAGUAAUCGUAGACUUCACUUUCUUUUUCUUCUUUAUUCCUUGCUCUUCAAUGGCUUCCGAUCUCGAGCUGAAUGCCAAAGAGGCUUUCGAAGAUGAUAACUAUGAGCUAGCCUACGACCUCUUAACUCAGGCUAUUGAUCUCAGCCCCAACAACGCCGACCUAUAUGCAGACCGUGCCCAGGUCAACAUCAAAGUCAACAAUCUUCCCGAGGCUGUUGCCGAUGCAAACAAGUCAAUUGAGUUGAAUCCUUCUCACUCAAAAGCAUAUUUGCGCAAAGGAACUGCAUGCAUCAAGCUUGAGGAAUAUCAGACUGCUAAGGCGGCUUUAGAGUUGGGUAAGCCAUUGGCACCAGGAGACUCUAGAUUUACUGAUUUGAUCGAAGAGUGUGAUAAGCUCAUUGCAGAAGAACCUGGUUCCAUACCCAUACAAGAAAAGACCACAACACAGAAUGCUGCUACAAAAGCUGUUCAGCCAGAUAAUCAUUUUCCAGGGCCACCAACAGCAACAGUGGCUAAACCUAAAUACAGGCAUGAAUUCUUCCAGAAACCUGAUGAGGUGGUUGUUACCAUAUUUGCAAAGGGCAUUCAACGGGACAGCAUUACUGUUGACUUUGGUGAACAAAUACUAAGUGUUAACAUUAAUAUCCCUGGUGAAGAGGCAUAUGUAUUCCAACCUCGCUUAUUUGGAAAGAUCAUACCCGCCAGAUGCCGGUACGAAGUUUUGUCCACCAAAAUUGAAAUUCGCCUUGCAAAAGCAGAAACUAUCCAAUGGACAUCUCUACAAUUCACCAAGGGUAGCACAGUUCCACAGAGAGUUAAUAUUUCGACAGUUGCUGGUGAAAGACCCACUUACCCAUCCUCAAAACCAAAAAGAACAGAUUGGGAUAAAUUGGAAGCUCAAGUUAAACAAGAGGAGAAAGAAGAAAAACUUGAUGGUGAUGCAGCUUUAAACAAAUUUUUCCGUGGGAUAUAUCUAGAUGCAGAUGAGGACGCAAGAAGAGCAAUGAGCAAAUCAUUUGUGGAGUCUAAUGGAACAGUCCUUUCUACAAACUGGAGAGAAGUGGGAUCAAAGAAGGUAGAGGGAAGUCCACCUGAUGGCAUGGAGUUAAAGAAAUGGGAAUAUUGAGAAUUUUGUGUGGGUAUUUGGAACAUUAUAAGUUGAUUUUGCUGGGGUAUAUCUAAGCUAAGAUUUGAAAUUGAAUCAUUUGAUGGUUGGUGCUAGAGUUUUUUAGUAUUCUGUGAUUGUAAUGCUGCUCUAGUUUUUGUUUUAUUAUUAUUUUUUUGGGGUGUAAAAUUUUCACUCAGAAGUCAAGGAUCUGAAAUGUGGGCUCUUAAAUUAAUUAUUUUUAAGAUUCAAGAAUGAAACUUAAAUUUUGCUAGCCAAAACUAUACACAUAUUUCUUGACUUGAAAAUUGAAUACCCAUUUAUUUUGGCAUUGAUUUAAUGAAAUAGAGUUCCAAACGAUAAACUAAUGAUA